CUGUCCAAGAGCGUUGGCAGCGUCUCACCUCUGCGCGCCCGGUGCGCUCUGCUUGUGUUCCUGUGUCGUUCGCUCUCUCCUAUAGGGAGCAGCAGCAGCACCUUUCUAGUCCUGCUUGCCUCUCCUAGUGGGGAAGCGAUUCCCCACCAGCCUUUCAAUUAUUCCCGCUUUUCUGGAUAUCCCUCUAGCGGAGCUCAGCAGUCGAGGAGGCGUUGGUUGUGCGAGCUACCUCAGCUGCUCCCUCCCUUCUUGCUUCGCCCGCCGGGUCUUGCAAUUGGGGCUCCCUCCCCAGACACACGGACGCCGCGAGCGGAGAGCGCUCAGCUGGGAUGGCAGCGGGUGCAGCGCUGGGCUGAAGCCAGAGCGGCCCCGCCAGCCAUGGCCAAACAGUACGACGUGCUCUUUCGCCUGCUGCUCAUCGGGGACUCGGGCGUGGGCAAGACCUGCUUGCUGUGCCGCUUCACCGACAACGAGUUCCACCCUUCGCACAUCUCCACCAUCGGAGUUGAUUUUAAAAUGAAGACUAUAGAAGUAGAUGGCAUUAAAGUCCGAAUACAGAUCUGGGACACUGCAGGUCAGGAGCGAUAUCAGACCAUCACCAAGCAGUACUACAGACGAGCCCAGGGGAUAUUCUUGGUGUACGACAUUAGCAGUGAGCGCUCGUACCAGCACAUCAUGAAAUGGGCCAGUGAUGUGGACGAGUAUGCUCCAGAUGGUGUCCAAAAGAUCCUCAUUGGGAAUAAAGCAGAUGAGGAAGAGAAGAGGCAAGUAGGCAAAGAGCAAGGCCUCCAGCUGGCCAAGGAGUAUGGCAUGGAUUUCUAUGAAACAAGUGCCUGUACCAAUGUGAACAUCAAGGAGUCUUUCACUCGUCUGACAGAGCUGGUCCUUCAGGCCCAUAAGAAAGAGCUUGAUGGUCUCCGCACGUAUGCAGCUGAUGAACUGAACCUGGUUGAGCUGGAUGAAGAAGCAAGCAAGCCAGAGGGCACAGAGCACUCCCCCAAGACCUGCUGGUGCUGAAGGCCUCCAAUCGCUCUUCCUUUCUCCCCUCACCCAUCCCCAGUGCAGGUAGAAAGGCUGCCACCUAGAAAGGGUUGGCUUGCUGUGCUCCUCUCUGGCCUUUGGUUGCCUGCCCGCCUGCCCACUAUCUGUCCUGCUGGAUCCUCUUUGGAUUUCCUGAUGUGUCUCCUCAAUUGGUGAUUUCUGUUGUCCCCCAAACUCCCCGGAUCCAAAUCUGUUCAGGGGGCUCACAAUGCAGAACAUCACCCUGCUACCUUCAUGGAAGAGCUGUGCUUGGCAAUUGCAGCCAAGGCCUUAUCAGCAGCCUCUCAGCCUAUCCAGAUGCUCUGCGGCCUUGCCCUUUUCCGUGGGCAGAUGAGCCAACUGGUUCUGUGUCUGGAUGGGACUAAGCCUGUCCCCUGAGAACAGGGUCCUUGAGGAGGGAAAUGUCAUUAUCUGUUCUCCAGGUAGGCCAUUGGCUAGCACACCCUCGAUAGCAGGCCCACUGAUGGCUUGUUAGUCUAUAUCCCCCCACGGACAUGGCCUUGCCAUUUCAGCAUCUGCCCUAACUUUGUGCAGGGUUGGGGCUUUAUGGCUAUCUUGGACAGAGUGUUUUGUUCAUCCCUGGCUGCCUGGAGUUUACUACUGAAACUGUCAUCUCAGCAUCUCACCAAAACUGGAUUUGUUCCAAAGUGUGCAGUGGCAUCUCUUGCCCUGCUAAGCAUAAGUUCCUGGGAGCAACAAGAGUCUAGCCCUACUGGGAAGAGGGUUGGAUGAUGAAAUGUGGGGCUCCAAUUCAGUUUCAUCUUAACUAGUUACUGAGAAAUGAAUGUUUCCUUCUUCCUGCCCAGACUAGACUCCGUUGUAUAACUCCUUUCAAGCCCUGGGCUGUACAUCAAGCAAGAAAGAUCCUUGCUCUGCAAUCUACUCAAAUUUUGUCAGAAAUCUUCCCUUUGCCCUUCUUGGGUAUCUUUGGCGGCACAGGUAUCCACUAGGCCUGUAUCCCUGUGCCAAUGGAGCUAGAGAACCCACCUCUAUCUAUGUGUUACAUGUGCAGACUUGGCUUUGGGAGCCCCCUUUGAAUGAUUUUUCCAGCUACCCAUCAAAGCCGUGAUCAACGCACCGUAAUCUGUGCAUCAAGCCUUCCCUCAUUUUUCCCCACUCUCUCAAGGCCUAUCCUGUAAGAAGUUGCUUAAGACCCUUUUGGUGGUCUCUCUUUAGAAUUUCCUCUGCAGGCUUUUGAAAUUCAACCUGAUAGAUUCGGGGGGGGGGUAGGGGUAGUGAUUUGCCAUGUGCUGCUAACGUGGCUCAAUCAGAGCAAACAAAAACUUGCCUGCCUGCAUGUUGCACCAGCAUUCCCCCUCUCGCCUUGACUUACAGUACUCGACAAGGGAGAUCUAAACAUGCUCAGCAGCAUGCCCCGGUGUUCUAAUCUAUAUGCUUGCCUGCUCCAGAGUAGCUGCUCCCUGCAUGCCAAAACCUUGGGGGAUGCUAAGACUCCUUUCCUCUCUUCAGAGCCGCCCCUAGGCACUGGGAAGCAGGGCAGUUGCCCUGGGCCCUGCACAUUGGCGAUGAGAAGCUGGGCUGCGGCAGGGUUUUUUUCUCUUCAGCCAUGCAGUCUCACCAGCCACUUCCCGCUCUUGGGGAAUCUCCCGCUCUUCAGCUGCGUGCCUAAGUGGUUUUUCCCUUCUCUGCUCUUCAGCUGUGAAGCGGGUGUGCGUGCGGCACUUAGCUAGCUAAUUUUAGGCAGGAGGUUUGAAUCCCCUGCCUGAGUGGCUUCCUUGUGCUGCCUGCCGCCCGCUCAUCAGUUGUGCAGCGCGUUUACAGGCAGUGCUUGCCGGCUUAUUCUGGGCGGGAGGUUUGAAAGAGAGAAAGAAUGUGGGGGGGGGCAACUAUGCUUUUGCCCUGGGCCCCACACAUGCUAUGGACAGGCCUGCCUCUCAUGUAUAAAUGCCAGCAAUGGGCCGCAGUUGCUGGAUCUAGAAGGGAUGGAUGUCAGCUGGAGGCUUUUUAAGUGGGAUGUGGUACAACAAUCCUCUUGCUGCAUUGACAGGUUGUCUUUGGCAGGAGUGGGGUAGGGCUUAGGCAUGAGCCAUUCAAUCCACAGAAAAUGUUCUUGUGUCUGCGUGGUGACCUGCCCUUCCCUUGCCACAAGCUAAUGCCAGAGAGCAGGCAGAUCUGCAUUACUCUACUCUUUUCCUACUAUAUACCGACACACACUCUCUCUCUCUGGAGCAGAUGAAAAAAAAAAUUUCCCUCACAGAAGGAGGGGAAUAGCAGGUAGAGGGGAUGGAAUUGAUUGUGUUGUGAUGCUUAGUCCAAGGGUUUUGUCCUGAGAGCAGGGUGCCUUGCAGUUCAGAAAAGGCUCCACUUCCCAAGUGUUUGUGUGUGCCCUUUUCUAAAAACUGCCAAGUUUUACCUCUUUCCUUGUGUUGGGUGGGUUUGAACUGGCUUCAAGCCACUGAAAACAAAUGGAAACCAUGAAGUUCUUCACACAGUGCCUGCUGCUGGCAAAGGGGGUUCUUGUGGCCACAGUCACCUUGGGAGCCCGUUUCAGGACCCAUGGAGAAGGCACCGAAUGACUGGCUACAAGGGACCACUUCCUGCCAGAUCUAGUGUGAUACUAGGGACAUUGUAGACACUUUUAGAGACGUAUCUAGCCAUUAACCAGUUGGGAGUUUUUUGUGUCGACCAGGGAGCAGCAGGAGCCCUCUGGCCUUCCAAAUAUUGCUGGACUAUAGCUCCCAUCAUCCCUGACUGCUGGCCAUGCUGGCUGAAGUAUGAUGGGAGUUGGAGUCCAACAACUUAGGGAGAGCCACAGGUUCCCCAACCUUGAUGUAGUAGGUCCCAAAGUCUGCUAGAACAGGUUAAAUUGCAGUAAAAUGGGCACGGGGGAUAUUUUUUUGUGUUAGGGGGGCUAGGCAUCUUUGCCCUGAAAAUGAAGACAGGUGCAGACUGAGUGAAAUAGGAUGGGCCAAAGCAGGAUAUGUCCCCCACCCCAAACUCUGUUGGGAUGAUUAUUUGGAACCUGCUGGCUCUCACUGGCUUUGGUCUACCUAGUUUGUUGGAAGGGUGAAAUGAAGACCAAGAGCCAAUUCAUAUGGUCUGUCUGCACGAGGCCUGAUGCUGUGUCUUCUCACUCCCUUUUCUGCCUUCAAUCAACUGUGCCCAAAGUGAAUGGGUGUGUGGUGAGUGCAGAUAGCAGUUUUACAUGAGCACUUCUGAUAACUGCACUGGGGAAGGCCUCUGGUAGCACACAAGGCUGCCAUGCUAGGUGUAUGCAUGAUAAGAAACUUGGCAUAACUCACUUAGCAUGGUCGCAGUGUAAUUUGGGGUGGGAAACAUCCCAGCAACAGCACCAGUGGCUGGCUACCUGCAGAGUAGUUGUCUGAAACAGCUCCUGGAUGUCCCUUCUUUAAAACUCUGUUGCUUGAGCUGCCCUCAAGAAGGUCUGUCUGAAAUUAUCAAGGAGAGGGACACCAUUCUGUCUCUGAAGUGAGUACUGAAAGCUUCCCAAGAUCCCAGGCUCUGCAAGUGGCAGAGAUAUAAAGGUUGGGAGGGCCCAUGGAUAUGUCCCCCUGUAGCCCUUUCUUGCUUGUUGCAAUCCAGCAUCCUGCUGGUACCGCUUGCUCCACCUGGGAUCUAAGACCAUCGCUAUUUUUCCACCCAAUAUAAUAGAAGCUGGGCUGCUGAUGCUGUUAAGCUAAUGCACAAAUUAGUCUCCAAUGUAAUCUUCACAACACACGAGACCAGGAAGGGAGUAGAGACUCUGCCCAUCUAUGGAUUGAACUAGAGUUCUUUAUUGCUCUAGAACCGGCAAGGGCAGUUUCUGGGUUGUAGGUACUUGCAAACAAGCAGUGGAUGAAGCCUCUAGCUCCCAACACGGAGCAAAAUUAGCCACCCUGAUAGCAUUUAGGGAAUUGCAUUCUGGGACAUUAGACAACUGUGUCAGUGUGAGAAUACCUCCCUAAUCAGUGUGGACUUUUCUCUGUGCAGAUUAGAGUGGUGCUUUCUAGAGACCACAAAGUGCUUCUUGAUUUCAGGCCAGUGCCUGGGAAAGUGAGGAGGAUUCUGGGAAUCUAGUACUGUCCAGUCUUUUGAGGCUUCCUCUGUCCUGUUAAGUCAUGGAUCAUAGCGACUUGUCUGUCUGUAGCAGAAACUGUUGCAUAUAAACUUGUCAUGGAUCCAGCCACACAUACAACUUUCUGAAUCCUCUGCUGUCUGUAAUUUGUGAACUUUGCACUUUGACUGGGUUUCCUUGUAUGACCUGUCAUCAUAACUCAUUAUUUUGAAAAGAAAGAUCUUUACAGAAAUAAAGAUUCUCAAAGUGG